AUCUGUAUCAGUGUAUAAAAGUCGAUUAUGUUAGCACCCGAUUGGCAGCUAGGUCAAUCAUACUUAGCUGGAACACGUGUACUUGCUGAUAUAUAUAUAUAUGCCUUUAAUCCAUAUUUCACUAUUUCAGCACAUUUCUAGCUAAAAAACUCACCAGACGGCAUAUCCCACUUUCUUCAUUCCACAAAUCCAACUUUGCGGGAUGCUGAGGAGAUAUUAAGCAGCGGGAAGAUCAUCGGUCAUGGCGGCGUGGUACUCCACAGCUUUCCGGUGGUUGGAGGAGUUAGAUUUCUCGUUGCCAUCAGCUGGAAGUUUCAGGUGGCCGGGAGUGUUUGAUUUCUCCUACUUUACUUCGGGGUGGAACUUGAACUUGUCGAGCUUCAGGAUAUGGUUCGAUUUUUCUAUAGUUGAUGAUGUGCUGUGGACCUUGGUGACUGUGGUGGAGUCCUUAGUUUUGGCUGCCAUGCUCUGCUUCUUCUUUCUCUUCUGUGGUUGUACCCUCUGAUUCUUUGAUCCUUUAUGUUUUGUUUUAGCUUCUUAGAUGAAUAGACAUAGACUGUACAUGUCUUAGUAUUAUAUAAUUUUGGUUUUUUGUGGUGGUGAAAUUUGGUAACAGGGUGAAACAGGCACACAUUUUAUGAUUAUGGGUUGAGUUAAAAGUGGACUUGAUUUUAUUUACUGCAUUGGCUUUGGAAUCUGGAAGAAAUCAACAUUUUCCGGCUAGCUCUUUAGCAGCUGUGUUCAAAUUUGCUUCAGAAUUUUGUGAAGGUUUCAUAGUUUACUAGAAAAAGAUUACAUUUCUUGCCAUUAAUUAGACUUGUUUUGAUUCAUGACAAUGAACGAUUAACUUGAACAAUGUUAGUUUCUUAAGUUGAUUCUGUUAAUUGAUGAUCAGGUUUAGUUCUGGAGGUUUAAGAACAAUUUCAUUAGACCCUACAUUCUGUAAUUUUGGGUAUGGUGCUUAAUUGGCAGUUCUGCAAUGGUGGAGGGUCUAAUGACAGAUGAACUUUCUCUAAAGUUGUAAACUUGUAAUGCAUGCUCAUCAUAUUACCAAAGCUAAUUAUAGCAGUCAGUCACACUCAGCCUCCAAAACAGGGGAAAGCUGAUAACUUUUCCCUAUUUUUGGGUCCAACAUGUUAAUUGUAAUCAUAAUCUAUACUUUGUUUCUCGGGUUAGCUCCAGUGAGUGAGGAUUGAAGUUAAGUAGGUCAUGAGUUCGAUUUCCUUCAUUCCAGUGUAAUAAGCAAAAUAAAGAUAUAAAAAACACUCCUAAUUUAUGACACUUUAUGAGUGAGGGCCAAUUUAAUUAUUGAUCCCUGAGGUUUGUGUAUACACUGUAUUUUGUUAUAUGGUAUCCAGUAAUAUGAGUGAAGACUGGAGAGGGAUUCAAACUUUGACUUUUGGAAAACUCAAUCUACAAAUCUGCACAACAUAGGAACAUUAGAUAAUAAUAAUACUAAUACGUCAUACUUGUGACAAUUUUGGCAUCCCUCUUAGGCUAUGUUUGGGGGGGCUUUUUUGCUCCCCUGCUUAUAAGCACCAGAGCAACAAGUGUUUGGUGAGUGAGCUUAUGGUCAGCUUUUGGAAAAAGCUGCCCCAGCUUUCCCCAGCUUUUAGAAGCCGACUCCCCCCAGCUUUUAGAAGCCAGAAGCCCGCUGAGUACUGUAGCGGUGAUUACUGUUCAUUAAUGAAUUUUUUUAAAUCCCGGUUUCUACCCUCCGUUGGCUGAAGCAAUUACAAUGAACUGCCAUCAAACCCUCGAUAUCGAUAUCAGUCUCUCGCUCUCCCAUCUCCCUCUGCUCGAUCCCAUCUCCCUCUGCUCGAUCACAGAACGCAUCCCAUCCCAUCAAGCAAGCCUCGAUCUCCCUCUGCUCGAUCUCCCUCUCACAGAACCCAUCCAGUCGCCGCCACAUCUCGCGCAUCCCAUUCGAUCUCCCUCUAAUCACAGAACCCAUCGAGUCGCCGCCGCAUCUCGAUCUCCCUCUAAUCACAGAACCCAUCAGUCGCCGCAUCUCGAUCUUGGCCUCACUUGCAUCUCAUCAGGAUUUCGGAAGUGAAAUUGAAGCCUCAAUCAAGCAAGUUUCCCAGCACAGGAAGCUAGCUAGCAGGUAGCAGAAAAAGAGAUCAGAUCAGAAAAGUGGUGCAGGUCUCAUAUUAUAGCUAGUCUGGAUCAUGUGAUUCUAGAGUUUAAAUGAUAUAUGUGAUUCUAGAGUUUAAAUGAUAUCAACUAAAUUUUGUGGUGGGCAUAGAGCCAGUUUGUAGUACACUUUUAUUCAAGUAACUCGAUGGAUUAUCAUCAAAUCUAUAUUUUAACAGUUUGAUAUUUGCUA